AUGGCUUCCGGGACAACGCCCACGCAGGCCCAGCAAUGCCUGGCGGCGCUCACCAGGAGGGAGCUCUUCUCUGUUGACAAGCGGCUCUUGGCAGCUGCCUUCAGCAUCGCCAUUGGCAUCGCCCAUCCUUUCUGCACCGAGCUGGCGAAGACGGCCCAGCUGAAACUCUGCACGAACAGCGGCUGCGAGUGGACGCCGAAGCGGGCGAUGCCUUUCAAAGUCAUCACCCUCACCCUGACUUCGCAAAUCGUGGCGGUGGUCUUAGCGGCGCUGACGGUCGUGCGCAUGCGGGGAUCCAUCAAGGUGGCGCUCCGAGAGCUGUUGGAUACCAGGUACUUUGUGAAAGUGAUGCCGAUCGGUAUCCUCUACGGCUUAGGCGACUUGCUCCAGACAAUUGCCUGCAACAUGGCUUCCGCACCGGUGGUUCUGAUCGUUGGCCAGAGCAAACUCUUCCUGACAGCCCUGCUGUCGAAGCUCUUGUCGCGUUUCUUCCUGGAGCAAACUCCGCACAU